AUGGCUGCAGAGACACCUAAGGGAAUCUCGUCGAGACUAUUGACGAUGAAGUUUAUGCAGCGUGCAGUUGCAUCUGCUUCGUCUAAUGGCUCUCCGAAUUCUGGUCUUCCUUCAUCCAAGAAGCGAAAACUAGAUCAUUCUCCCGCACCUGGCCGCAUUGAUCCCAACAUUGACCAAGCUCUAAUACAAGCAGCUCUGGACGAUCAAGAAGCCACACGUCAAGCAGCGCUGGCAAGACAUUCUUCCGCUGACACUCGUUGGGUCUUGAAAUCUAAAAUUGAUGAGCCCCAAGGCGAGAAGCUGUCACAUUCUCUGAACAUUGUCUACGUGGGAUAUGGCGACAUCGACGCGUCCAACGAUUCUCAUGAAACCGAGGACAAUCCUGCUGAGGGCAGAACAUAUCAGAAACGUCCAAAGACAGAACAGUCAGCCCAUGGCGAUAAUUCUGACGAGUCUGGCGACAAGUCAGACGGGACUUCGGAUGACGAAAGCGACUCUACCGGUCGAAAUCGUAUAACUCGAUCAUCAGACGGAAACAGGAACAUGAAAUCACCCCGAUCUCGGUCCCAGUCGCGGUCACGACAUAGCCACGAAGCGUCCAAGGCCAAAGAAUUUCGCGAUAAGAGAAAACGGAAGGAAGUGCGCUUAAACAGGUUGACCGCCAUCUCUUCUGCUGGCGACGGACAAUUUAGUUCUCAUGCAUCCCCAAACACAAAGGCAAUGAAGUGCUAUAAUUGCCAACGACUUGGCCACAGAGCUUCAGAAUGCUCCAAGCGAAACGCCCCGGGCUAA